GUAAGGUCUAUACUUGUUGUAUUCGGCGCAUUUGACAAAUAAAGUUUGAUUGAUUUGAUAUGAACCCUAGCCGCAAUCUUAACCCUUAGCUCUAGCUCGAACCCUUUCCCUUGAUAAAGGACCAAUAAUCUAAUGUGUUGUUGUCUCUCUCCCCUGUAGGGAACGUGUUUCUGGUGAGCCUGGCCUUUGCUGACCUGGUGGUGGCCUUCUACCCCUACCCCCUGGUGCUCUACGCCAUCUUCCAUGACGGCUGGUCGCUGGGAGAGACACAAUGCAAAGUCAGUGGAUUCCUGAUGGGCCUGAGUGUCAUCGGCUCCAUCUUCAACAUCACCGGCAUCGCCAUCAACCGCUACUGCUACAUCUGUCACAGCUUUGCUUAUGAUAAGCUCUACAGCUACCGCAACACCCUCCUACUGGUGGGGCUCAUCUGGCUCCUCACCAUCCUGGCCAUCAUACCAAACUUUUUCGUAGGCUCACUCCAGUACGACCCCAGGGUGUAUUCGUGUACCUUUGCUCAGGCCGUCAGUACAUCGUACACCAUCACUGUGGUGGUGAUUCAUUUCUUCGUGCCCAUCGCCGUGGUUACCUUCUGCUACCUGAGGAUCUGGAUCCUGGUCAUACAGGUGAGGAGGAAGGUGAAGUCAGAGGUGAAGUCUCGACUCAAACCCAGCGACAUGCGCAAUUUCAUCACCAUGUUUGUGGUGUUCGUGCUCUUCGCCAUCUGCUGGGCGCCGCUCAACUUCAUUGGGCUGGCCGUGGCCAUUGACCCGGAGACGGUGGCGCCACGGAUCCCCGAGUGGCUGUUCGUGGUCAGCUACUUCAUGGCGUACUUCAACAGUUGCCUUAACGCCAUCAUCUACGGCCUUCUCAAUCAGAACUUCCGUAAGGAAUACAAACGAAUUAUCAUGGCCAUGUGGAUGCCUGGUCUGUUCUUCCAGGAGGCGUCACAGGGGGGUACAGAGGGUAUGAGGAGCAAGCACUCGCCCAGACUGGGACUCAACAACAACGAUCACGUCAAAGGAGAGGCUUUGUGACGUUGACGCCAAGGUUCUCUACUCCUUUCCCAUGUGUUUUGUUUAUUUUUUCAGUCGUGGAGUGCCAUUUCUCUAUUAUAUCUCACUGACUGCACAGUUGUGCUGUUACCAAAGCCUCAAUGAACUCUCGGAAUGGUGCGGAUUAAAAAGAAAGAAAAGAGAGAAAGAGAGAGGUGUUGACUGAUGAUAACUGACUCUGUUAUUCACAAUUCAAAGAGUGCCAUUCAUGAAGCAUACAGUAUACACUACAUUACCAAAGUAUGUGGACACCUGCUCAUCAAACAUCUCAAUCCAAAAUCAUGUGCAUUAAUAGAGAUUUGGUCUCACCUUUGCUGCUAUAACAGCCUCCACUCUGAUGGGAAAGCUUUCCACUAGAUGUUGGCACAUUGCUGCGGGGACUUGCUUCCAUUCAGCAACAAGAGCAUUAGUUAGGUCGGGCACUGAUGUCGGGCGAUUAGACCUGGUUCACAGUCGGAGUUCCAAUUAAUCCCAAAAAUGUUUGAUGGGGUUGAGGUGAAAACCAGUACCAGAUCGUUAUUGUUCCUCCACCAAAGUUUACAGUUGGCACUAUGCAUUGGAGCAGGUAGUGUUCUCCUGACAGCUACCAAACCCAGAUUCCUCCGUUGGACUGCCAGAUGGUGAAGAGUAAUUCAUCACUCCAGCAAACUCGUUUCCACUGCUCCAGAGUCCUAUGUCGGCAAGCUUUACACCACUCCAGCCGGUGCUUGGCAUUACGGAUUGGUAAUCUUAUGCUUGUGUGCUGCUGCUUGGCCAUGGAUGAACAGUUAUUGUGCUGACGUUGCUUCCAGAGGCCAUUUGGAACUGGGUAGUGAGUGUUGCAACAGAGGACAGGCGAUUGUUCCACACUACGCUCUUCAGCAAUCGGUAGUCCCGUUCUGUGAGCUUGCCUAUCACUUUGCGGCUGAGCCGUUGUUGCUCCUAGAUGUUUUCACUAAAACAGCACUAACAGUUGACCGGGGAAGCUCAAGCAAGGCAGAAAUUUGACUUGUUGGAAAGUUUGGCAUCCUAUGAUGGUGCCACGUUUAAAGUCACUUAGCUCUUCAUUAAAGCCAUUCUACUGCCAA